AUGAGUAUCGCCUUCGAUGCCUGGGAAUUUGAGCUGCUCAGUGCUGAAUCAGCUGGCCUCGCCUUGGACAGCAACAGAGAAACUGGAAGUCGAUCCAACGUCGACCUUUCAACACGAGCACGCUACUCCGUACAACAGUCUACUGCCCGAUCAUCGAACCCAUCGACGGGCGGAGCAGCCUCCAUGGGAAGACAGGCCGCCGAGGACCUCCAGCGCCUCCGUCUUGGCAAUGCCCAACUGAACGAGAUUCCCUUCAACGCUCUGUUGCACUUCACCAUUUCCGACUUCUCGAAGAACAUGUCCACCGCCUGGGCUGAACAUUCAAUCUCGGACCUACUGACGCUGAUCAUCACCACCUCCCCGACCCGCUCGGCGCCAUCUACCGAGCUGCUUUCCACCGUCCUUGCGUCGUUUCGCGCUCGAUGUGCCCCGCUGUUGAAGUGCAGAGUCAUUGUGGUCUUUGACACGUACGAACAAAUCACCACCCGUCACCGGCUGAAGAAAGGCUACGUUACACCAACGAGUGCCGAAAACUACCACACCUACAAGAAAAAUGUCAAACAUCUCUUCCUGCAUGAAUAUCUUCAGAGCGCCUCGGACGGGACGGACCUGACAGAAUGCUGCGGUGAAGCAGAGUAUGGCUCGCCAAACACGGCGCCGGUUUCCUUCGCCACUGCCUCUACACCAGAUGGUCGCAUUACUUUCGUCGAGGCCAUGGGCCAGCGCCUGGGGUUUGGCUUGGCAGUUCGUACAGCGCUCCGAAAAGUAGCAACCCCCUACGUCUGGGUACACCAACAUGACUGGGCUCUCAUCCUCGACAUACCAAUUGCGUCCCUCCUUUCCGUCAUGAGGGCUUCGGAAUCGGACCAUGGAAAGCCAAUAAAAUACAUCUGCCUGCCUUCUGGGCGCCGGAUAUUCUACGCCACCUCGGCUCAGGUCAUGCCAUUCCCGGAGCUACGAAAACUCGCCACUGCCCUGAGUGGCGACUAUAUGUCGCCCGGUAGUCCCUCGACCACCGUGCCGCUGACGCCCAUGUUCUUUUGGCAUGAUAAGCCACAUGUUGCUUCGACGGCGCAUUAUCUUCAACGUGUCUUCCCCAGCAGGCUGGCCAUGAUGCGCGGAGCCUUUAUCGAGGAUACCAUUGGGCAGAGAGCCAGGAGUCAGAUGAAAGAGGGCCACUGGGCAAAAUGGGCAACUUGGCUUUACAAUCCCCACCAUGGCAAGCAAGUGUGCUUGCAACACCUCCAUGGCAGGACUUGGAGAGGUCGGGAGGAGGAAAAAAGGAUGAAGGAGGUAUAUUGUGAGCGAAACCGGGCCGCCUUGCGCCAGUUGGCAGAAGCAGCGAACGACAAGGCCAAUGUCGGCACCCGCUCCAGACUUUUGGAGGACGACCCAGCUAUAGCAAUUAGCCUACACCUCUCAGGAGAAGAUAUGAAUCCGGACCAGCUUUGUAUCACUCCUGACGGCCAGGGACCUUACUCGACAUUACCAGAAGACGGCCAGUAUCUCCCCAAGCAUAGCGGCGAUGAAAUUAACGCGAGGCGACAUGACGCUGGGCUUGACACAAACGGAACUACAUACAUGACCGCAAACUUUGCGCCGGGACCUGUGUCAGGAUCUUGGAGAGAAGGCCCGAUCCGUGAAGCUGAUGGAACCCCCAGCCUGCAGUACUUUGACGAGGAAAGGGGGAUUCUAUCUCUAGUAAUGAACAUUAGCCAUGACGACGGCUCCAAAUCCUCCAGAAGCGUCUUCGCGCCCGUCAACGACACCACGGCAUUGACACCUCGAGACUUGCAGCAUCUAGAGCAAAAAGGGUGCUUCACAUUACCGUCUCGCGAGAUGCAGGACGUGCUGCUUCGAGCUUAUUUUCACAAUGUGCAUCCUUUCGCGCCAAUCGUCGACGUGGCCGACUUUGUGCAUCGGUAUGCAACAGGAAAAGUGAGCGUACUAUUGCUUUGGAGCAUGUUUGUCGCCGCAGCGAGCUUUAUCGACGAGAAAUUACCAACGAGCGAGCUCGGGGCGACAAGAAUAGAGGUCAAGUCGACCUCGUUUCAACGGGCAAAGGCCCUCUAUGAGUUGGAGUACGAAAAGGAGGCGAUAGUACUCAUCCAGUCCACGUAUCUCAUGAGCUACUGGCUCAGAGGAUUGGACAACAUGAAUGGGCCAUGGUAUUGGCUCGGCAUCGCCAUCUAG